UAGACUAUUAAUGACACAUUAAACCUUGUCCAACCUCUGUCUUCUUGUGGAACUUUGAGCAGUCACUUGGUUUGUUUUACUCACUGCAACAUACAAUGAAUUCUUCAGCUUGGUGGGUGACACUUCUUACCCUAUUCUGUGUUUUACAGAAGAAAGGUGUCAAUGGAAACUUUACCACUCCAUGUGACAGUCAGAUCUUUUGCACGGGAAAAUUCCUUCACCAUGUCCAGAUGGCCAAGAUUUUUGAAGAUGAUAAACAUUUUGUUGACAUGAGCCUCCGUGAUUCGCCUAACAAAAUACAUAAAAAAUUUCAGAGUCUGCUUCUGACGCCCCCUAGUGGACUAGUGGAUAGGGAAAAAUUGAUCACAUUCCUGAACACAUCCUUCAAUCAUCCUGGCACAGAACUGGAACAGUGGGACCCACCAGACUGGAAUGAAAGCCCCAAAUUCUUAUCUGGUAUUGUUGAUGCUGAAUUUCGCAAGUGGGCCCAAAAUCUUACUUCCCUUUGGAAGUCAUUGGGUAGAAAGAUCAAAGAAGAAGUAAAAACCCAACCAGAUCGAUAUUCGCUAAUCUAUGUUCCAAAUCCACUGAUAGUACCUGGAGGUAGAUUCCGAGAAUUUUACUACUGGGAUUCGUAUUGGGUGAUUAAUGGACUUAUUCUCUCUGAAAUGACCCAGACAGCCAGAGGAAUGAUAGAAAAUUUCCUUUAUAUGGUACAACGAUACGGAAUGAUCCCUAAUGGAGGGAGAAUAUAUUACAUUCGCAGAAGCCAACCACCAUUCCUUACUUUAAUGAUGGAAAGCUACAUGGAAAGCCAAAAGAACCUCACCUUUCUCAGGGAAUCCAUCCCAACCUUGUUGAAAGAGUAUGACUUCUGGAUGAAUAACCGGAGUAUAUCGGUGUCACUCAAUGGAAACAAUUACACGCUAAAUCGAUACUAUGUACCAGUAGGGGAGCCAAGGCCCGAGUCUUAUUCUAAAGAUUUUGAGCUUGCUGAAAACCUUACAACAACAGUAGAAGCAAAACAGUUGUUGUAUUCGGACAUUACAGCUGCUGCGGAGUCUGGUUGGGACUUUUCUACCCGCUGGUUCUAUGGUUCCACAGAUACUUUGCUGGACACAAAAACCAGCUCUGUUGUUCCUGUGGACUUGAAUGCCAUCUUGUGUCGUGUGGAGAGAACACUGGUCAAAUUCUACACAGAUCUAGGUGAGCCAGAAAUGGUCUCCAGGUUUUCAGAGGCCCUAAAGCAGCGGCUCAAAGCUGUGCAGGAUGUGCUGUGGGACCCAGAUCUAGGAGUGUGGUUGGACUACAAUACAGAACAUCAGAAAAGGAAUACAAACUUUUAUCCCAGCAACUUGUCUCCACUUUGGGCUUCAUGCUAUGAAGACACAACAAUUGUUGACAAACUGGUUUCCUAUUUGGAGAAAAGUGAAGCAUUGACCUACAAAAAUGGUCUUCCAACUUCUAUGAAAAACUCUGGACAGCAGUGGGAUUUCCCUAAUGGCUGGGCACCUUUACAACACAUGGUAAUUGAAGGGCUGGAAAAGACACAGUCUCCCAAAGCACAGGAAAUGGCCUUCAAACUAGCCCAAAAGUGGGUCACAUCCAAUUUUAGAGUAUUCAAGGAGUACAAUGCCAUGUUUGAAAAGUAUGAUGUUGAAGGUGAUGGUAAACCAGGUGGAGGGGGAGAAUAUGAAGUACAGCUGGGCUUUGGAUGGAGCAAUGGAGUCAUCCUUCAGCUUUUGGACCUCUACAGAUCCCGUCUGACUAGUUCAGCCAUCAUGACCUCAUUAUCAUUUUCUACUUUACUGUUAAUAAUAAUACCGAUAAUAAUGCUUACUUUAUGGGUAUAAAUCUUAUGUUGCUGCUUUCCCCAGAUACUUUUCCUUAAUGUGUUAAACUCUUACAUGAUUAUGUCCUAAAAUAUUCAUGAAUGUGAACCAUGUAGCUGCUUAAUGGAAUUUAGGUCCAUUUUUUCCUCCGCACAUAGAAAUGCAUGUAUCUUUAGCAUACUA